AUGAUCCCCACUAGUGAGGCUAUUACGGCUUAUGGAUUUGCAGGAUCAAUCCUUGCGCUGAUGCUCAUAUUUGCAUUCAUUAUACAUCCUGUCACACGGGUGUUGCCGUUUUCUGUGCAAGCUGCAGUUCGGGGAUGGGUAUCUGGGUUAGCGCAGAGUGGGUUCAAGGUUUUGAUCAAUAAAGCAUUUGAAGUCGAGCUGAUAGGCGAUAAAAUCGACCCCAAUGAAUCUGCAAUAGUUAUUCUGAACCACUCAUCCAGCUUGGACUACCCGCUAGUAACCACACUUGCUGCGGAACAUGGGGUGGGGAACAACUAUUUCUUUUUUUCUCACCGUAGACUAAUAAAGCUACCGACUCUGCCAGUUAUGUGGAGUGUGUGGCGAGCAAAUGGUAAUUGGACUGCUCCUUCACAUAUGCUCAGUUACGUUUUCCGUGAUGUCCCCCAUAAAGCCCCGAGAUCUGGGCCUAAAUGGGUUGUGCUGUUCCCAGAAGUGAAUGAGUUCAACCCAGCAUCGCACCGUGAACACCAGCUGAUUUGCUGUGCAGCAGGUGCCCCUCUGCUGAAACAUUUGCUUUAUCCGAGAUACCCAGCUUUUGUUCAGGCAGUGGAGUAUUUUAGGCACUCGGAGAUAACGACUGUCUAUGACCUCACCGUCCAGUAUCAAGCAGUUUCAAGACCUUUCCGCAAAGAAGUACCCACCUGGCGUGAGUUUAUUUGCUCGCGCAAGUUGUGGAAAGUUACAAUAAUUGUCAAUAAACACGCUAUUACUGACAUUGGAAACAAGCCUAAGGCGAUGCAAAAAUGGCUGGAAAAAACCUGGUACAGGAAAGACCAUAUACUCGAAAAACGCGAGAGGAAAGCAAAGUAG